AGCUACAUCUCAUUGAGAAGGAAAAGAAAGAGCCGACGGGAGCUUUCAAGUUUCCCCCUCCACGGGAACCGCGACAAAGAUUCUUCGAUCCGAAAAAGUGCCAAGUUUCUCUCGCACGUACUCUCUCUGUCACCGGUACACAUAUACGUAUAUACGUAAUCGUCUUUCGUUUUCACGGUGAUCUCUACACGUGACAAGCUGAGCAUCGAAGAGGCUCGAAGACAAGAGAGCGGCGUGCUUGUUCGACGCGAGAGGAGAUACUUACUCGUCGAUCGUUCGAAUUGGUUGAUUUCGCGAAUCUAACUCGCGUCUUCGUUGGUCUCCUCGUACGUUGCGAGAGUCGAACGGGUGUGCUUCCAAUGUAAAUCAACAAGAGCGUAUCGUCGGAGUGGCAGUUUUUGUGUUCUCGAAGUUGAUACAUACAGCCGCGGUUUUUUCUCAAAUUUUCACCGGCUUUCGUGCUACACCACGCACGCUGCCCUGAUCUCGAAGGGGAAGAAGGCUAGCCACGGCCGGAUCGCGACUACGUUACAACUAGCUCCAGUGUGUUUUUGUGCGAAAUUGAGGGAACAUGUCGACUGCCGUCAUGAGCACCCCUAUGUUCGAGUGUAGCGAGCAUUUAUUUAAGAACGCAGCCUCAACGAAGGCGAAGGAAACAUCGGCGACAUCGGCGACGAACACGUCGGGCAACGGGUCGCCAGGGAACAAUGGCGGCCAUGCGCCGCUUCGUCGCAGCUACACGUCCCUGGUAACGACCCUGAUCGAGCAACAUCGCAAGCUAGACCGCAGCGCGAGCGAGCCAACGUCUCGCUACAAGACCGAGCUCUGCAGGCCGUUCGAGGAGAGCGGCACCUGCAAGUACGGCGACAAGUGUCAAUUCGCUCACGGCUACAGCGAACUGCGCAAUCUCGCUCGCCACCCUAAAUACAAAACCGAGCUGUGCCGCACGUUCCACACGAUCGGCUUCUGCCCCUAUGGGCCCCGCUGCCAUUUCAUUCACAACUUCGAGGAGGCCCGGAUCCACAACCAGAAAGUGAGCGCGCAGCUGGGAUCCACGCAGCCCAACAUCAUGGGCCUGAACCCUCUACUGAGCGCGGCAGCAGCCGCGGCCGCAGCCGCAGCCGCGGGUGGAAAUGCCUGCAACGGCUCGAAUGUCAACCCCACGGCCAGCAGUGUCACCCUGCUGGAACAGAUCGCGGCUUCUCCGCAAGUAGCGGCUGUCGCGGCCGCAGCGACCCCUAACCUCAUGAGAACGAACUCGCUCAGCCUGUGUAGUACCACCAACGCGUACAACCCGCCGCCAUUGCUGAGAACGAACUCGCUGAGCCUGACCACUAGCCAACACCAUCACCACCACCACCACCAUCAUCAUCAUCACCAGACUGGUUCGACGACUGUCAGCUCGGUGAUCGGCGCCACCAGGCCCAAGCCGUUGAAUCUCAGUCCGACCUUCUCGCUCGGCAGCACGGGAGACUCGAUCUCUCCGUCGUCCAGCCUCAGUCAGUCGCCGACCAACUCGAUGGCGAGCUUCUUCAGCGACGACUGUAGCCAACAACCGUCCGUCACCAGUCUACCCACCACGCCGUUCAGCUUCGGCCAGGAUUUCGGGCUCCUAGCGACGAGACAGAGCCCUAGCCCACGAACGAACAGCGUGUGCAGUCCGUUGGGCUCGGACGAGCUCACGCCCAGGACACCGUCCCCGUUGUCACCGAACGCCGAGUCCAGACUGCCUGUGUUCAACAGGAUCAGCAGCACCCUGGGCGACUUCGAGAAUCUUAAGAUCUAAGGGAGCUGUACUCUACGGGUCCAUCGACUCUUUGGUAUAUUAUUUCUUUUUCUCCCUCCUCCCAUCUGGUAUAUCUUUGUCAGAGACACACACGGGGCUGGAGGGCUAGGGACUCGUGGCAGAGCACGGAUAGGCAGAGUGUGGGCAAAGAGCGUUGGACCCCGAUGAUCACAUACACGUACACACACGCUAAUUUAUAUUAUCGACCGAAAAGACAGGAGAAUGUUUAGGGAGAGGGGACGGACUCUUCCACCGACUUGAAGAGGUUUUUUUCAUGUGGUUUUUUUUUCUCUUUUUUUUCCUUUUUUUUUUUUUUAAACAUUUGAGCUGCAUUUCUCGCGUCAGACGGACCUUCCUCUCCGUCGUACUCGGCUUCUUAUUUAAGCGUUUCUUUUCUGUUCGUAGGACACGUUAGGCAUCUUACUCUCGUUCUAUAAAACGAUCGUCUCUUCCUUUUUAUCAUAAUCGUCAUGAUUAUAUUAUUAUUAUUAAUAUUAUUAUUAUAUAUAUUAUAUUAGUAUAUUAUAUUAUCAUC